AUGGACCGCAUCCCUCUUAUUCUAGAGCCAACAUUGCCAUCGGACUAUCGCACUCCUUCCAAACCUAUUCCUUAUAGACAGGCAGGUUGGACGGUACCUGAGCGAGAGUCAGCAGGUGUUCACCUUACAACUGAGUGUAUUGAUUCAGUAGACUCCCGAUGCUUGCCAAGUAUUAUCUCGCUAUUUGGCGAAAAAGCUGGAAGCGCCACUUCGGGAAGUGACAAAGCCAGUCCAAAAAUCCCUGGUCGAAGCACUUCAAGCGAUACCACCGAAUGCAUCCAGCGUGCCACUGACUGUGCCAACACAAUUCCACCGCAUAGCAGACCUCAGGUCGAUGCUCAACAGCUAUUACUUGAGAAUGCCCAGUUGAGGAGCGACUGUCAGCGAAGUGAGUCCAAAGCUGAAUUCUGGAAAGGCCAAUACUAUAAGCUGCACUCAAUGUGCUGGACCACCCCUAUUUCUGAGUUCGGCUUUUCCGAUAGACCUGGGAGUUGGACUGCUUCGAAGAACACUUGGUAUCCCGCCAACAUCCCUGUGAGGAAAUUUUCAAUCCGCAAUCGAGGCACCGGCAAGGCUUCGCAGAGAUCGGAUGAAAAUUCGGCCUGGUCAGUCUAUGGUCCUCCUUUUGCCCCCCAUUCGUAUACUGUGGAAGAUUGA